CGGCGCGGAGCGAUCCGCGCGGGCUGUGAGGAGGUUUAUGAGGCACCGCUGGCGGCCGGGCUGGGCUCAGUGUGAGGCGAGCCUUGGAGCGGGACGGUAGCUGCAGUGCCCCCGCGCAGCCCUUACCUGCCGCCACACCCCACCCCGCAGCCGGGCCGGGCCACCAUGGCUGACCAACUGACAGAAGAGCAGAUUGCAGAAUUCAAAGAAGCUUUCUCACUAUUUGACAAGGAUGGUGAUGGUACUAUAACUACAAAGGAGUUGGGCACGGUGAUGAGAUCACUUGGUCAAAACCCCACAGAAGCAGAGCUCCAGGAUAUGAUCAAUGAAGUAGAUGCUGAUGGCAAUGGCACAAUUGACUUUCCAGAGUUUCUGACAAUGAUGGCAAGAAAAAUGAAAGAUACAGAUAGCGAAGAAGAAAUUAGAGAAGCCUUCCGUGUGUUUGAUAAGGAUGGUAAUGGUUAUAUUAGUGCUGCAGAACUUCGCCAUGUGAUGACAAAUCUUGGGGAGAAGCUAACAGAUGAAGAAGUUGACGAAAUGAUUAGGGAAGCAGACAUUGAUGGUGAUGGUCAAGUAAACUAUGAAGAGUUUGUACAAAUGAUGACAGCGAAGUGAAGACGUUGUACAGAAUGUGUUAAAUUUCUUGUACAAAAUUGUUUAUUUGCCUUUUCUCUGUUUGUAACUUAUCUGUAAAAGGUUUUUCCCUUACUGUCAAAAGAAUAUGCAUGUAUAGUAAUUAGAAGGCCAUUCCUCCAUGUUUUUCUCCUUUAUCUUACUGUCAUUGUUCUGAUUUUUGGAAAAUUGAUCAAAGUAACAAAUGUUGCAUGUGGCUUACUCUGGAUACUUAAGCCCUUCUGCACAUCUAAAGUUAGAUGGAGUUGGUUCAAUGAGGGAACAUCUGGGUUGUCUGUUUAAAAAAUAGCUUUCUUUAGGAGACUUAGGUAUGACUAACGUAGCAAGUUACGUAAGGCAAGUUAGGGUUUACUGUGCAUUAGCUAUUCCUUAGUUAAAGCAGCAUGCUGGCUAUAGUUCUCAAAUGCAUAAAAGAUAGUUUGCUCUGCUUUCUGUGAUGAUGAGGACUCUCGGCCCUUAUGUGCAGGAUUAAACCAUGUAAACAGUACAUAGUGAAGUGGCUAAUGCGCUGUAAAAAGCCUCUCCUAACUUGCUUCAUGGUAACUUGUUUGUGGCCAUACCUGUAACAUGUUGUUGAAAUGUGGAGUCUUAACUUUGUGGACGAUUGACAGUCAACAAUAUGAAACUUAAAAGUUGCACUAAUGCAAAACGGGUGUAUAUCCAGGUACUCGUACACAAUUUUUUUGUACUGCUGGUCCUGUACCAGAAAACAUUUUCUCCUCUUGUUACUAUGCUUUUUAAACUUUGUUUAGCCACUUAUUUUCAAAAAUCUGCUUAUGGCACGAUUUGCCUCAAAUCCAUUCCAAGUUGUAUAUUUGUUUUCCAAUAAAAAAUUACAAUUUACCCAUACUGUUUCAAUGUAUCCUUGAAUUAUUUACAGAAUUUGUUCAAUACAGUUGCUGCUCUAAUGUUUCAGUAUGUAGCAGUUUGGUUUGCUUAUGCAAUGGAUUGGCUGUCUUAAAAUAGCUUGGAAGGUGAAAACUUAGACCUUAAACUCUGGCCCUUAAUAGUAUUGUUGACU